CCAUUUAAAAGCUCCGCUCCGAGGGCAAUGUGAGCCCAGUGCUGUGCAAACCAAAAAGACGAGGCUCGGAGUCAAGUUAUGUAGCAUUCUGCACAGAGAAGAGGAUAAUAACAGAGAGCGGCUGUUGCAUGUUUUUUAAAUGGGAAAUCUGUUGGGCAGCUGGCGUUUCAAGGAGCCGAGCACCGUUGAGGAAUGCGACUCGACGUGGGGGUCGGACUCGGAGAGCGACGAGCCGGUGGCUGAAGAUGACAGCGGCAUCUCAGACUCAGUCAGCCCGGCGGAGAGCGACCGGGCCGCCGGAGACACGUCCCCGCAGCUGACUGAAUCCCCAGAGUCUGUUCCAAAGAUGAAGAGGAGUUUCUACGCUGCCAGGGACCUCUACAAAUACCGUCACAGCUACCCGAACUACAGAAAGUCCCGGCAACCCAACGAAUAUCGCAAUCUGCGCUUCUACCUGAACAAGAUCCCUCUAGUACCUGAUGGUAUCUAUAUAGAGGAAAUUCUGACGAAGUGGAGAGGUGACUAUGACAAACUGGAGCACAAUCACACCUACAUUCAGUGGCUGUUCCCAUUAAGAGAACAAGGGCUCAACUUCUACGCACAUGAACUGACUCAGGACGAGAUCAAAGAAUUCCAAAGCACUCGGGAAGCUAAGCGGAGAUUCCUGGCGGCCUAUUCCCUGAUGUUGGACUUCUAUGGCAUCAAACUGCUGGAUAAGAGCGGGAAUGUUGCUCGGGCUCCUAACUGGCAGGAGCGCUUCCAGCACCUUAAUGAGUCGCAGCACAACUACCUGCGGAUCACUCGCAUCCUGAAGUCCCUGGGCGAGCUUGGCUACGAGGCCUUCAAGGCCCCGCUGGUUCGUCUGUUCCUGGAGGAGUCACUGUGCCACAACACCAUUCCCAACAUGCAGCACAGCGUCCUGGAGUACUACGUCUACACCAUUCGCCUGCCAGCCACCCGCAGACGCCUGCUCCGCUACGCCCGCCAGCACUACAGGCCCGCCCACGCCUUCCUCUGGGGUCCGGCACCUAAGCGGCGAGGAGGUGGCGUUGGGGGUAGUGUAGGUGCUGGGAGUAGUGGGAUCAGAGCGCCGGCUCCAACACCAGAGCGACAAAGGAGGGGGGAGGAGAGCAUCACCUCCACCUCUGCAAGUAGCGGGAUUAUUGUGUCUUCCCAUGAUGCCAUGAUGUGCCAGGACCUGGCUGGAGGAGGGAUGAAGGGCUGCGUGGGACUUGGUUCCAAUAUGGCGGGACUGGAGGGAGCGCUGAGGAUGGUGGGCGUUAGAGGAGAGAGAAACGAGUACAAUGAGAUUGUUCCUUUGUAGGGAAUAUGUUUUUAAAAUGAACCAGUUCAGUCAUAAAGAAAAAAAAUCAUUGUUCAUAACAGAACUUUAUUCUUAGCAGAGUCAUGAAGCUUCUGAGCUCAACACUGACACCUAGAGUCAAGAACUGUAACAGUAGAACACAUUCAUAGAAUCAGUACAGGUUAAGGGCUUACCAUAAACAACUCUGUUAUGUCUUUGCUCAUGAGUUUCACCGUAUUGAAUUGGGGCGGUGGGACUGGGAUAAUGGAGAGUUGGGAGGUCAUAUCCUGGGCCAAGCUAAACAAAUUCCCCUUGGACCAAAUACCAAAACCAUCUAAACCAGAAGAGACCCCCAAAUGUGUGUCUAUUAAAUGAGUAAAUCAGGCUAAGAUCACCUUAUUUGAUCAUUUGGUGGAACUGUGACAGAGGUGAAACAUGGUUACUAAAACUGAAGACCAUUUUACCAAGACUGAGACCAUCUGCGGUGGUUUUGGGAAACAAAGUCCGGCUUAUUGGUCAGACUGUAGCCGGAGCUCCUCUGAACAACAAGCUGGACUGAACUUUCUAAACUGAAUCUUUUUUUUUAGAGGAACACAAAAGAGGCAUAUUUGUCAUAGCAAUACUUAUUGAAACAGUAUUUUUUAGUAUUUCAGUCCUCACUUUGUUGUUAAUAUUAGCAGGCACAACUCAGUAUGUAUCUGCUCUGCAGUUUUACUGUCCACAAGUGAAAGGUAGCUGCUCCCUAUGACAACUGUACAUAACUAUGAGCAAAAAGAAACAGGACUUGUUAGUGAUUUGAUAUCUAUGAGGAACAGUUAAGAAUAGAGAGGCUUUUAGUGACAUUAAUACUCUCCUGUAAACAGUCACUGGCACCAUGAAGCUCUAAUGCUACAUAUAGAAAAUAAGAACAGGUCAAGAUGUCCGCUGCUGUUUCGAGGCAAAGGGACAGAAAGAUCUGUUUCAAAAUGUAGGUUACCGUGACACAAACACUGCCUCCUAGUUUCUCCUCUCUCAAAACAACAAUACCAAAGUUCGAGCUGGGUAACUUGAGCCAACAGUCACAUUUAUCCGAGGUUAAAUGCUAGCCUUUACUGUUAGUGGUCGUUUUUGCAAGCACAAACAAAGCUACAUCAGCUAGCUAGUGUUAGCAGCAGUGAUUUAAGGUUAAAUCAUCCAAAAAUGUAAACAUUAGCCAAUAGGCGACUUUAGAUAUCUUGUAUUGGUGAUAUAACUGCUGUCAGCUGUGUUUUUAAAUAGCUUUAGCACUAUUCUCUGCAACUAUGGUGCACGUUUUUCUCUGUGGUGAAUAUUUGGCUCACUAGUUUCUUCCAUUUUGUGUUAGCAAAGGUAACACAAAAUGUCUAAUUCACUGAGGCAAACAUGACAUCUAUUAGAGCAGAGUGCAUUUUGACUCUGUUGCGACUUUGAAUACAGAAUUGCCGAGUCAAUACAGAUUGUUUAAUUUCCCUUUAAGACUAAAUUCAUUGGUAAAUUGGUCAAUCCUUCCCUCCGCUGUUAUCGCCAGUAGCACAAAACAUCCAAUACGGCUGCCACAGAGCGUGUUGUGUCACUGAAAGCCCUCUAUACUUCAACAAGCUGACUGGAUGUGGUCCGUGACUGAACUUAAUGUGAUAAAACAGGUGACCUGUGGUGUGUUGCACUUUUUUGACAAUCUGUGUCUUCCUGUUCAAAGCGCUGUAUGUUUCUUCAAAUCGUUGACUUUUAGACACAUAUAAUCUACAAAUGUCAGGAAGUUGCCACGUCAUAGACAUGAUCGAUUGUUCUCCCAUUGUCUAAACUUGCAAUAAUUUGCCAAUAAUAAUUUGUUUUCAACCAGGCUCCACGUAGCAGGUGGUGAUACUGUUUUAUCCCUCUGAAGAUGUGUGGGGGUGAGUUUGUGGAUGAGCAGCUGCUGGUGUUUUUCUAUAAGUUAAAGUCUGUUUAUUUACCGGCAAAACUCCACAAAGUUCCCCAAGAACUAAAGGUGCAGGAGUUGCUUAAUUAGCACGUAUAGCGCUAUAGUCACUUACAGUAACUCUCCACUGACAGCCACACCAAUUAUUUUUUAGCAGCUGCUCGAGAACUUGAAGCAGGUUCUGCUGUAUAUUUUACACUCACCUCAUUGUCACCUUCCUCAUAUCAGAGGUCCACAGCGUCACCACACUCGUGUUUAGUUUUUAUUAAAAGACUAAUGUGGUGUAAGUGUGUGUUGGUCUGUCUGUUCAGCCAAUGAGGAUUUAGCAGUGGCCUACGCAGACAACCUAAGGUUGUUUUGUAUUCUAGGUCUCAUUUCGAUCAGAUGUUUGAGUUCCUGGUUGCAAUAGACAGAUAUCUGUGAAAUUAAAAGCCAUGUAAGGUGUAAGACAGCAGUUAUGCGUAUGAUUGGAAUUUAAACACUGCUUCCUGACUGUCAGCUGUUCUUCCUGUAGGAUAAGACUUUGUCAUUGGCUGACAAUGUCUCUACAUCGCUCCCCAGCCAAGUGUAUCUGAUAUAAUUGUAAAAAAAAAAAAAAAAAAAAAAAACUUUUCAGGUGAAUUGUGUGAUAAUGGGCUCAAGUAUCUGAUUUUUUAGUAUAAUGUAGGUGUACAUAUAUGUGUGUGAAUGUGUGUGUGUGUGAUAUUCUUAAGUGCCUUUUUUGUAUUUUUUAUGUCAUCUGUACACUGUAAGGAGUGUCUUUCCCAACUUAUUUUCUGUACAUCCUGUUUUUUGUACAGCAUUUUGAUAUUUACAUUAUUGUUUGCGUUAUAGUCAUAAACAGUACGAGUAUUAAUGUACAGUAACAGCAGGAAUAAAUCCCAUAAGAAUUGGUUUAAAGGAGUGCUUAAUGAUAUAUCAUACUUGAAAUUGUUUGUAUCUGAACUAUUUGUGAUUAAUAUGUGAUUGUUCCAUAGGAUACUCACUAUGCUUACUGGAAACACGUUCAGCAUAGAGAGACCACAAUAACUGGACAUUUACCCUAAAAUGUGAAAAUUGCCACAUUCGACUCAAAUAAAAAUGGGGAUGUGGAUUAAGAA